UAGGAGUUUGCAAUGCCAAGGGUAAAAAAAUUUAACUUCCAUAAACGUCGAAAAGAUUUGUUAGAUGGAGCACCAGAGCAGCAAAAACAAGAAACAAAGCAAUCGGCAAAACAAGUGACACAACAUGAGGCAAAGGUAGUCAAAAAUGCUGCUUCUAAGCUAUCCACAAAUGCUGCUACAAAAAGAGCCACAAAUGUAGCUAAUAAGGUAGCCAAAAAUGCAGCUAUGAAGAGAGCCACAAAUGCAGCUAUUAAGAGAGCCAAAAAUGCAGCUACCAAGGUAGCUAAAUAUGCAGCUACUAAAGUAGCCACAAAUGAACAGCAUAUGAGCUUUGGCAUUCAGAUAAGUAGCAGUGAGAUCCAACAGAGCAUCUCCUACAUGCAACAGAAUGGGGCAUAUUGUGAUAUUGUUUUAAAACUGGCUGACAACACUCUCAUUAAUGCUCAUAAAGUCAUCGUCUGUGCAUUCAGCAAGAACCUUGCCGAUGUAUGCAGCCAACAGUGGAACGAAGCAAUAGUCCAAGCUGACUUGACAACCUUAAACAUCAUGGCAAACAUACCAGAACAAAUUGCCAAUCCUGCAAUGAGUUCUGUAGUGGACUUCAUGUAUGGUCGACCAGUUGAGGCAGAUGUAAGUUACUUGAGGCAAAUGUUGUCCAUUGCCAAGGUAUUGGAGAUAACGAAACUGGAAGGUGCCAUAUCGACACUGUUGGAACAUAUAGCUGAUGGAAGCCUUCAGUUAAAAACACCAAUGCAACAAUCUCAGUCAGUGAAAUCUGAAGUCAUAAUGGUGAAAAAUGAGAUGAGUGGGGAACAAUAUGCAGUUAAUAUAAAACAGGAAUAUGAUGAUAGUUACACAGAAUCUAACAUGUAUGCUGAAGCCAAUGACACCUCUACUUUAACACAAGAGAGAGAAUCAUAUAUGAAUGAGGUGAACUCUGUAAGAAAUGAUGAAAAAUAUUUCAACUCUGAGUUUAAAUCGAUGACAUAUGCAUUAGAACCAAAACCUUCAAAAUCAACUUUCUUUACAAAAAUCCAAAUUGAAAAUCUAAAUAAAGUUCUCUUGGACACAGAAGAAAAAGGGAUAGAAGGGUUUUCAGUUGGACAAAUGUCAAUCAUUAUGGAAUCUCUACCAAAUUAUAUCCGUGCAUCAAUUGAUGCCAAGUAUGACAAAUUCACCCAAGAGAAACCUUCACUCAAACGCACAGAAGCGAAGACACUUGCCAAAAAGAUGGAAAUUGCUAGUGGGCUAGCGCUGGAGUGUGAUGGUCUUACACUGCAAUCUUGGGUGAGAAAAUUACUCGGUAUUCCUCGUCCUCAAGUUAAUGGCAAUAGACGAAGUAGACGAAUAGUAAAGAUAGCAAAGAAAUAUAUUGUUGAUGAUGAUCAAAUUGUUAAGGACGAUAAUGUCAAAAAACCUCAAGUGUAUCAAGUUAAAGUAAAAGAUGAAGUGACAGAUGACAUGGAUGAAUUGAGUAACUGUGAAGAUGAGGAGAACCUGGAUGAUGAUGGGGAGAGCAAUGACCCUGCUGAAGUGAAUGAUGACAAUGAUGAUGAUGUGGAUAAUGAGGUUAAUGAUAUGCAGGAUGAAGACAAUCCAUCAGGUGCCUUGUUUAUUGUGCCAGACAAAAAAAGGAAGAAAAAAGAAGUCAUAGAGAAGAAUUACUGCAAAGUUCCUGGUUGCCUAGCAACAUUCACUGUUAAGUCACCCAUGGCUAAAACCAAUGAAGGAGGGUUGUGUUGUGUGAAUGGUCAAUGCAGUCCUCUUCGCAGUCAUACAGCAAUCUUCCACAAACCACCAAACUCCAUCGUCUGCACUAAAUGUGUCACAAUACUGGAGAAUGAAGGAGAUUCCCACAAAUGUUAUCAGAUCUCUCACCUCUUUAAGUGCUACGUCUGCAGUAGGAGAUAUCCAGACUUUGUCACCUUUGAGACUCAUCUGAAAUCUGUACAUCCCAAGCCAGGAGUUCAUGUAUGUGUUCAAUGUGGAAUAGAGUUCUGCCGUGUGAGAUUAUUAAAAAACCAUAAAAAUGAUCUUACAAUACAUGGUGUACAACAGUGUGAUAUUGGGGACUGCGGCAAUACAUUUGACAGCUUAAGAGAAUUAGCACGGCAUAGGUCUAUCAUGCAUCUUAGAGCAGAGAGACUACAGAAAAGAGCACAGAUAAUUCCAGGCUUUAACAAACUAGAGUACCAAAGAGACUUGAAAGACACUGAAUAUGAUAACCCUGGCCUUUAG